AACAACCUGGCAACCGCUUAGCAACAACCUGGCAACCACCCACAACGCCGUGACGGUGACAGGAAUUGUCAUUUAAAUUGACCUGUGUCAUUGCAUCCUGCAGAGAUUUGAACGCAUAUGCCCUGACAGCUGAUCUCUUCAUAAAACACAGCACCACAGGGAGCCAUUUAUGACCGUCGCUAUAAACACCAAUAGGCCCUUAACAAAUCACCCAGCCACUUUCCACAUCUGCUGCAUGUCAGCAUCUGCCAGACGCGCUCACCCGUCCCGGACGCUGCCAGCAAGCCUUCAUUACGCCUGCUGCUGAACAGGUAGAACCGUUUGUGCAAUUACCAAACAAUGCUACCGACCUUGUGUUCGUCUAGAUGUCCUAAAACAUCACUCUCAUAUAAUGCCCAAAAGUUUUGCUGUAAUGAUUUCUGUCUAUUGUGUUUUUGACACGUAUGCACAGUAAUUGGUUUCCAGUUCCUUUAUGUUCAUGUGUUUUAUAGGAUUCAAAGGCUUUCUUAAAGAUAAUCGUGAGCACUGUUUAACAUGUAUUGUGCAAUUUAUUGUGCAAAAAAUUCUGCAAAUUGAAUGCAUUUAAAUUACAUGCAAUUAGUGCACUUUUAUUGUAUUCUGAAAUGUUGUCAACUACAUUAGCUGUGCAGUUUCUGAUGGAAAAAGGCAGCAAAAGAAUUGUUAAAGUUUAGAUAAGUUCAAGUUUUAUGCUUUGGUAAAUGACUACAUAAGAAUCAACACAGUUAACUAGUUGCAAUGUAAUGGCAGCUGUAAAUAGUAUAUGCAAUGAUGGUAGAUGUAUGAAAGGAGACCAAUUGCAAAUCUGUAUGCAAAUACUAUGAUUCCAUCACGUCACUUAGAUUUUUUUUUUUUUUUUUUUUUAAAUGCUGAAAACUUUAAUAUCAGAUAGUAUACAAAAGCGGAAUAGCAAUUAUGUUUAAAUUAUGCAUUUGCAUGAACUAAGUACUCGCAUGCUUCAUAAAAUUUAGGUUAAACCACUGGAGUCACAUGGAUUACUUUAAUGAUGUUUUACCUUUCUGGACCUUGAAUGUGUAAGUUGCGUUGGAUCUCUAUGGAGGGACCGAAACCUCUCAGAUUUCAUUAAAAGUAUCUUCAUUCAGUUCCGAAGAUGAACGAAGGUCUUACAGGUUUGGAACAACAUGAGGGUGAGUAAUUAAUGACAGAAUUUUUGAGUAAACUAACCCUUUAAGGCUAAAAUUAUCUACAAAACUAAAAUUUUAUGGACAUUCUGUAAGUGGUUUGGGAUAAAUGAACUGUAGAAAUUCACCUGAACAGAACAUUUGAGGGAAUAUCAAAGCAAUGCUGCUUUUAAAGCACUAUAACAGGGCAUCACUUUUCAGAGACAUACAAGUUAAACUCUUUACACCCCUCAUAAGAUUUUAAAAGUCUCUUCUCCCCAUUUAAAGAGGUGAAUCCACAGGCUUUUAGUGCUCUGAAGUUGUAAUCUUCAAAAGAGUGACAUUUCAGCAGUUUCCCAUUCUAUUGUCCAUCUGUACUCUGGAUAGGAUAAAGGGACGAAGUCAAACAAAGAGUACAUGCCCAUCCGUAAACAGAGCUCCACCUCAAGACGAGACUACAUGAAUGAUUCGACGUUUAGCAGACCUUCCUGGUGCUCUGAUGAGUUUAUGGGUCAGGAGGUGGGGACGCUGGAACAGUGGGACGGUUUGUCCGUAAGUGUGCCCCUCUCCCCAGGCAGUGCACCCAAAGUUUUCCUCUUGGCCCCAGCAGCUGCUGUCCUCAAUUUCUCCACCUUACCUCUUGUGUAUUCUUUAUCUCCAGUACCUGAAUCUAUGUUGUGCCCCCUGGGCCACACUUUUGUGCUUUGGUGCUGUGUAAACAGAUGUUCAUAGUGUCAGGCCUACAGAGAGGAAGUUGUAAACUUGCAGGAAAGACUUCAGCCUCCAUUCUUAUGGAGCUCUCUCAGUGCAAGCCACUGGGCUUAGACAUGCUAAUGCAAGCAAACAGUCCCUGUUCGGACAGUGAUCGUCUGAAGUUUGACCAUGUUACAACCACAAAAUAUACACUGCAGGCUGCCAGCAAACAAGCAGAAAUGCAACUGAAUGGCAGCACAGGGGAGGUGGAGUCAUAAAAGGAGAGGAAUAAACAUCUGUGAUCUGAGGUUUGGAUAUGAUGCAUGUGUGUGUGGCAUUCUGCAAAUGCACUUGUCUUUUUGAUCUACAGUGAGUAUUUGCACACUUAAAGUUGCUUAAAAAUGUUUGAAUAUCUAGGUGUGAGAUAGGCAUUUUUGUAAUUACCUUUUUUUUUCAGAUCUUAGGUUCACAGAUCUUAGGUUCACAGUGUAGUUAAUCUUCAUAUGUUCCUUUAAAAUAAAUGAAAUGUGGGUUCAUAUUUUGUUAUCUAAUAAAUGACAUUUAUACAUUUUUAAGGGUCCGUUCAACCAAAAUUGAAAAUUCUGUCAUUUACUCACCUUCAUGUUUUUCUAAAUUUUCUCUCUUCUGUGGAACACAAAAGGAGAUAUUUUGAACAAUGUUGUGGUCCAAACAAGAUUGAACUCCAUUUACUUUCAUUUUUGAACAAAUAUCUUCUUUUGCUGGCAGACUUGUCAUUUUUAUGUUAAUGAUACCUGUAAGUGUGGCCCCUGAAAGGCUGUGUGGCUGUUUAAGCUUUUCUGUCUUGUAAAAUGAGUCGGUAUAGCUUUAUUUUUAUGUAUGUAUUUUGGGGAACAGAAUAAGAGAAGUAAAUCACUAGCAGCAACAGUGGCGCCUCAUUUAUCAGUGCCGGACACACAUUUAUUGAUCUAUCCCAAGCUUUGGCAGAUUGAUGCCACGUAGUGAAUGUGAAGAUACUGCAUGGCUUAAGCUAUUGACUCCAUGAAAUAAGCCAACACACUGUAUACUGACCACAUAUAGGCUAAUGCAUAAUUUAUAUUCCAGAAAAAGUCUUUGACGGCAAUAUUGGCAGUUUUAUUGAGGGGUGCAAUGAUAACAUUUCUCAUUUGUUACUGAAACUGUUACUUUUUUAAUUAUUUUUGACAGAAAUCACAACACAAAUCUCUGAUAAAUACAUUUAAUACAUAUAGGCUAUAAUACAUUAUACAGCUCAGUCAAAAACCUUAUACCGUGUUAAGAUGUUCUUGUAAGGGUUCUUUGCUAAACAUACAGUGCAAAUGAACACUGAAGAGUGGUUAUAAGGUUUAGAUGCAACAGUUUCUUGAGUUAUGCCACUUGUCAGCCUGGGAACUUGUCUAUAUUGUAUUGAUUGAAAUGAGCGCAGGUUUAAGUACCGACUGCUCUCAGCCAAUCGAAAGGGACCCCGUUAAACGCUCGUGUUCACGCGUCUCCUCUAAUGGACCUGUUAAAGAGCUCAAGCACACCUUCAUUCACUGACAUCUGACCGAAGCACCUCCGAUCCGACGAGAAGCUGCAUCCACUUUAGUAAGAGAAUACAGAAAUAAGAUAUCAGAAAUAGGCUACUACUGGAAUUUGCAAAAUGCUUGAAUAUCAGGAGUCCGGAAUGAAAACAACAUCAGGUCAUCGGAUUUCCUUUUCGAUUAUUGACAUAUUGGACCCCAAAAAGUUCACAAGUAAAAGGACAGCAGAGAAAGAACGGACAUCAUCUUCAGAAAAGACAGAAUUUGGAAGUUUGGAGGAACAGCGGAACGGGAAAGUCAGUCCUGGGCACGGAGAAUCGCUUUCCAUCUGCAAUAUAGGAAAUCAAUCUGCUGAUGACCAUCAAAGUUGCGUCAGACUCCAUCCUCCUGAUCCCGAUGUUGACUUGGACACAUCAACCUCGCUCAGAAGCCUAAGAUCGGGCUUUUCUCCUUGUGAAGAUCCAGAUGAAGCAGCUGAAGAGAGAAUCACUCCAGCGCCGGAUGAGUUGUCGCGUCAGCGGCGUCGGCGGUCAGAUCACAGCUGCGCGAAGCCGCGGCGCGCCAGAACCGCGUUCACCUACGAACAGCUGGUGGCUUUGGAGAACAAAUUCCGCGCCACACGUUAUUUAUCCGUAUGCGAGCGACUAAAUCUCGCGUUGUCCCUGAGCCUGACUGAAACCCAAGUCAAGAUUUGGUUCCAGAACCGAAGAACCAAGUGGAAAAAGCAGAACCCUGGUGCCGAGAGUUCCCUGCAACCCGGCACGAACUCUCUGCCAAACAUCAGCUCGACCUGUGGGUCUACAUCUGCCCUCCACCCGACAUUUAGCACCGGGAACGUGAUCUUUCAUUCCGGCCCGGUGCACCUGGCAUCUUCCGGUGGGCUCUUGCAUCCGUUUUUGCCUGAUGGCUUUCUUCAGCCAGCAUUCUUCCCUCCACACUUAUGAAAUCUAAAAGAAGGAAAGAUAGACUACGUGUAAAUGUGAAUUUAUAAAGUGGAUUACGUUCAGUGAUCCUCAGCAGAAUGGGAUUGUUCUUGGCUUGAUGGAGCCUAAUAAUUGAUUAGGCCUCAAAUGAAUAGAUAUAGGCUAACUUUUCACUGACGGCUGUGAGCAGAAAUAUAGUUGAGAUGAUCCAAAUCUUUGGUCUCAAGAAUGAUAAAUCUGAAAGAUAUCCUCUCACAAAUGCAGUUGUAUAUAUGUGUAUCCUCCUUUUGUAUAUAUUGUUGGUGUCAGAAGUUUGAUAUUACUGUGGAAUAAUAGCAUCAAAUUCUUUAAAGAACUUUAAAUUAAAGACAUUGGUGUUCAUUACAAUGUAGAAACAUGUUAAUGAGGUCAUCAGUAACAAUAAAAUCUGAAUGUUA